AUGUCGUACGGGGACAGGAACGGCAGUUCCCCUUAUGGCUACCGGUCGUACAUGUCGCCGCCGUCGGAGGCUGGAUCAUACGAAUCAUCGGGCCGAUCGAAUGCUCCACCACCAACAGCUCCACGACCUAGUUAUACACCCGUUCAGCCAGUUCAUAAUCAGGUAGGUCUAAAUUUCUAACAAAAAGAAUAUUAACUUACUUUUAUAAGAUGGGUACACUGCUUUUGAUUGUUUUGGGUAAUAGAAGUGGACUUUGGAGAAAAUUUUUGAGCUUGAAAUCAAGAUGCAUAUCUAUUGAUGUUUCUAAAAUAUAAUUUAUCAACAAGAGAACACAUUAAACGUUUCAAAAAUAUGGUUUUAGUACGACUACCGUCAAUCCCCACGACAAGAUGGUACCAGCUUUUACCAGACAAACAGAAUCGCGUCUCCACCCCCACCACGUCGCGAAUAUAAAGCACAAGCCGCCAAUGUAAUCGAAGAUGAUUAUAUUCAAGAUGAAACUGUUGAUUUCGAACAGAAUCGGAUUCAAACAUUGAAAAAUGAACGUAUUCACAUUCAGAAGAAGACCUUUACAAAAUGGGUGAAUUCCUACUUGGAGAAGGUAAGAAUUUUUUUAUUGAUUAUAAAAAUAUAUUGACAAUAAGUUAAAUUUCAUAUAUCUUACAUCGAGAUGCAUCUAUUUGUUCAAAAUCUCUUUUGCCAAAAAACAUAGUUUUACAAAGUGAAACUCUUGGCCCGCUUUUAUGAUUUUGAGACAAGUUUUUCUUAUCACCGUAGUAAAACGUAAAUAGUAAAAUACGAUGCAGUUUCUAACCUCAUUAUCUAUAUAUUACUUUUAUAAAAUUCUUUACUUAUUAUAUUGUUUUAGGCCGGUCUAAAGAUCGACGAUCUCUUCACAGACUUUGGAGAUGGCGUGUUGUUCAUGAAGUUCUUGGGCAUUAUAAGUGGAGAAGACCUUGGCAAAGCCAACAGAGGAAAGAUGCGGGUUCAGAAAGUUGAAAACUUGAAUAUUUGUUUGGAUUUUCUCAAAAGAAAACGAAUUCAGGUAAGAUUUUUGGAAAUUUAGGUAACAUUGUGUUCAGAAGGCAGUAAGCUAGUUUAGCCUCUUUUGUUUUUAUGAACUGGGGAAUAAUUAUUAAUUGUCUUUUAUAAUUUCAGCUUGAAAACAUUGGUGCCGUUGAUAUCUUGGACAGGAACGAGGAUCUUAUCCUUGGUUUGAUCUGGACCAUCAUUCUCCGAUUCACCAUCGAGAAUAUUGAGAUUGAAUCCAAAGAAAGUGGAGAAAAGAAGCACGCAAAGGAAGCCUUGUUGUUGUGGGUACAACGAAAAGUGGCAGACUAUCCGAAUGUUCGUGUGGACAACUUUACGACCAGUUGGCGGAAUGGAAUGGCCUUUAAUGCUCUUAUCCAUGCUCAUCGACCAGAUUUGGUGACAAACAUUGAGCUUCUGAAUCCCUCAGAUGCUAUUGGAAACCUGAAUCAAGCUUUCGACAUUGCUGAGAAGAGUUUGGACAUUGCUCGACUCUUGGAUGCUGAAGAUAUUAAUGUAGCUCAUCCGGAUGAGAGGUCUAUUGUCACUUAUGUAUCAUUAUAUUACCAUCAUUUUGCCAAACAAAAGACUGAGAUGACCGGAGCGAGGAGAAUUCACAAGGUUGUUAAUGAUCUAAUCGCUCAAGAACAACUUCAAGAUCAAUACGAACAGAUCUCGUCGAGUUUGUUGAUUUGGAUUCAAGAGACUAUCGACCGGUUGAACGGCAGAGACUUCCCCAAUUCGUUGGCUGAAAUGCAAGAAGUUUUGGCAGCCUUUAAUCAUUACAGAAAUGGAGAAAAGCCACCGAAACUGAAGGAGAAAGGUGAUCUCGAGGCAUUGUUGUUCACUUUACAGACCAAAAGAAGUGCCAUGAAGAGAGAUAGAUAUCAUCCGCCUCAAGGUAAGUUAAAAUAGCUUUAAAAUUUUAAAAUGAUAUUAAGCUGAUCAAAAGUUAAAAUUUAAGGUCAUUAAAGAUGGCAGACCAUUUUCGGAUAAAAAAAAUUUUUUUUCUUAGUGUCUACUAUAAUAUUUUUCGUAUUUUGUAUAGUAAAACGAGCAUUUUUUUCAGGUUUAUCAAUCGAAAUCAUUGAGCAAGCUUGGAUAAGAUUGGAAAAAGCCGAAAAUGAGCGUCAAAUCGCUUUGAUCGAAGAGCUACAACGUCAAGAACGUCUCGAAUCCAAUGCCAAACUGUUCUACAAGAAGGCGGAGAUGCGCGACCGAUGGUUGGCCGAAAUCUUCAAAGUUUUGAACUCCCUGGAGGUUGGAAACACCGCUCCACGUGUAGAACAAGCUCGCCAACUGUUGAAGGCGAUUCGAACCGAAGCCGACGCUAAAAUCGACCGUUUCACCGCGUUAACCAAGCUGGCUGAUGAACUGCACAUUGCUGGUUAUCAUGGUGCAGAGUCAGUUCGACGGUGUGAGCGUGAAAUCAGCGAACGCUACGGUGUGUUCCAGCACAUGAUUAAUGAUAGAGAGAGGGAGAUUCAGAGGCUUUUGGACUUGACCUUCUUGAUCCGUGACAUUGACACGCUACAGGCCGAACUGACACAACUGGAGCCGGCUGCCCGUAACCGUGAUGUGGGCAAGCACCUUAUGGCCAUUGACGAUCUACUUCAGAAGCAUGAACUUGUUAUCACCAAUUUGAAUGCCUCAGGCGAAUGGUUGAAGAAUGUUACAGCGCAAUCUCGAGAAUACAUUAAGAACCGUGGAGAACAAUUCGACGUGCUUCAGGGACGUCUGAAGGCCGUCACGGAGCUACAUAACAAUCUGGCAGAGCUUUGUGAAGCCAGACAACAACUGUUGCUACGAGCCAAAGACUACUUUCAGUUCAUUCAAAGCAUCGAAGACGAGAUGCACUGGGUCGUGGAGAAGAUCCACUUCUGCCGUACCGUGCCAAGAGAUCUGAACAACAUUUCUCAGCUGAAUCGCCAGUUCCAAACCCUCAAAACUGACAUGGAUUCGCACUGGAAGAGGAACAGACAACUUGGCGACAAAUCACGCCAAAUCCUCCAAACAACUCCAAUCAAGGACGACAGUACAGGCAAGAUUAAGGUACUACAACAAAGAUGGGAGGAUUUGCGUGAGGAAUCUGGAAAACUGUCCGAAUGGUUGGCCGAAGCCGAGCAAGUAUCACAAUACUUCCAGGAAGUGAACGACGCCGAGUCGUGGAUCAAGGAGAAGCUCCCAUUGGCCAAGUCAAACGAUUUCGGCCGGGACUUUUCGACCGCUUCAUCCUUGGCCAAAAGACAUGGCUACUUGACGGAGGAGAUUCAGGGCUACCGUAAAGACAUUCUGAAGCUGGACGAAAAGGCUUCAAAUCUGGCAAACACCAAGUUCUUCACAGAAGAAGCUAUAGAUUCGGAAGAUGGUGAGGUUAGGGAAAGUGUAGUACCAAGAGUCCAAGUACUCUAUACCUACGAGCCAGAAGCCAAACAACGAGCUGGAAUCCCCGUGGUUAAAGGAGAUGUACUCGCUCUACUGGACAAGACCACAGACGAUUGGUGGAGAGUGCUGAAGCAGGACGGUGUAGAAGGAUACGCUCCAGCGAAUCAUUGCAAAGUUUUGGAUGGAGAGACAGUUACUGUAAGACAUCGUGUAGCCAAAAGUAAGGGCGCCAUUCUUCAACGCCAAGAAGCCAUCAACCACGAAUACAGAAGACUACAGAACUACUCCCAAACCAGAGCCCGGCUACUGGCUGACGCAGUGAAAUUGUUCAGAUUUGGCAACGAAUGCGAUGAUUUCGAACGAUGGGCUCAAGACACGAAGGCACUGUGUCUCGAAGAAACUCCAGUAGAUCAUAUUGUUGCAUUCAGAAAGAAGUUUGACAAGCUGGAAAACGAUGUUCACAACAAUGGAGGUACCCAACUGAAGAGAAUCAACGAAAUGGCCGACGAGUUGGUGGCCGAAGGACAUUCCAAAUCCGACAACAUCAAGGCCAGGCAAGGCAGAUUAAACCAGAUCUGGGCAGAGCUACAGAAACUACUCAAAAAACAAGCUGAAAAUCUUGAAGCGGCCGAAAGACUCAACGAAUUCAAGGACAAAUGUGAUGAUAUGAGAGCCUGGAUGGAGGAGAAGUUCGCUCUUCUCAACCGUCGUCCAGAAUCCAACGAUAUUCGUGCGCUACAGGCUUUACAACGUCAUUACCAGAAUCUUAAGCGUGAUUUGGUACCAUUGAAGGAAAGAAUGAUGGAUUUGGAAGAAAAAGGAGCAGAAAUCAAGCGGAGACACCCAGAACAUUCGAGAGAAACCGACAGAGUUUUGGCUGAGCUACAAGCCAUGCACGCAGAUUUGGAACGCCAAGCACGGCAGAGAAUGGAAGAAGCCGAACAAAGCCAAGGACAACAGCUUUUUGAUAAUGAAGCCAGAAGCCUUAUCGAUUGGGCCGUGAAGACAAAACAACAAAUGUUGGAAGAGCCAGUAGGCGGAGAGCCAGCUGAAGAGCUGGUCAAACGUCACGAUGACUUGAAGGAUAAGAUCAAUGCAAAGGACUAUGAGUUCAAGUAUGUUGAUGAUUUGGGAAGAAAACUGUUGAAGAAGAAUCCCAACCUCAGGAAUGUAGAAGAGACCCUACACAAGGUUCACAAAGCGCGUCAAGACCUGGAAGACGCGUGGAGACGUCGUGAAAAUGAAUACAAACAACUCUUCGAUCUCCAGGUAUUCAACCGUGAAGCCGAGAGAAUCGACGCUCUGAUGCGCGGCCAAGAAGUCUUCCUAGACACCAACAACAUUGCGGAUUCCGUGGAAGGUGUAGAACAACAACGCAAGCUACAAGACGACUUUGAUCAGCAAUUGUACGCUGAAGAAGGUCGAGUCAAAGAAUUCUGCGAACGUGCCGAACGUUUGAUCGAGUCUGAUCAUGCUCACUCCAAUUUCAUUGCCAGAAAACGUGACGACGUACUGGAAAGACGUGCUAGAUUGUACGUAGCUGCUAAACAAAGACGUGCACGAUUGGAAGAUGCCUUGGUCUUCCAGAAUCUGCGACGAAAUGCUGAUGAAUUGGCUAAUUGGAUUGCUGAUAAAAGAAGAAUCGCCAUGGAUGACAGCUUCAGACACGAUCCGAAUGCUCUAGAUCGCAAGCUGACAAAGCACGAUGCUUUUGUAGCCGAAUUGAAGUCGAACUACGGUGUGCUACAGGAAAUCACACGAGAUGGAGAAGCGUUGAUUGCUCAACAACACUUUGAAUCUCCACAAAUCGAGGAGAUUCUCCAGAAUCUGGGUGAAGAUUGGACUCAAUUAACCCGACUGGUCGAUCAAAAGUCUCACAAUCUGAAAGAAGCUGAUGAGAAGAAGCACCUGGAUCGUAUGAUUCGAGAUGCCAAUUCAAAAUUGGAUGAGAUCGAAACUCAGCUAGCUACAACCGAACAGAACGCUGCUGGCGGUCUUCGAGCUGUUCAGGAGUUGAUCAAGAAGAAGAACGAAAUCGACAAGGAGAUCGUCCUUCUGGAGGGUAAAAUCGGCGAGAUCUCAGAGCUUGGUCAUCAUAUGGUGAAGAAAGGCCAUCAAGACUCAAAUGAAAUCAAACACAACAUUGAUGCCUUGAUCAACCGCUUCGAUGCGCUACAAGACCCAAUCAACCGUCGCCAACUGAUUCUGGAAGAAUCUCUAAAAUGGAGACAAUUGGCUUUCGAUGCUGACGUUGAGCUACAGUGGAUUCAGGAGAAGAACAAAAUGAUGGAAGCCGGCUUGGUCGGCCGUACAUUACAUGAAGCCAUCAGCAUGUUGAAGAAGCACGAUCAACUUGAUGCAGAAGUGUCGGCACACAAACCUAUCGUCCAGGCUACACUCCACAAAGGCGAAGAACUGAUUAAACAACGUCACAUGAGUUCGAAUCUGAUCAAAGACAAGUGUAGCGAGCUGGAUUCGGCAUGGAGACAGCUGAUGCACGGUGUCAAGAACAGAAGACAUCUUCUGGAAUGGUCCAAGGCUCGGGAACAGUAUUUGGCCGACGUGGCCGAAGUCGAGCUCUGGAUCAACGAAAAACAAAACGUCGUUCUGUCGCGCACAGAAGACGUCGACAUUACCGGAGCCGAGCGUGCCUUAGGAUCGUUGAAGGCUUUGGCUAAGGAUAUGACACCAUACAGAAGAGAGCUGACCGACCUGAGAUCAAAGGCCAAGGAAUUGACUGUAGAUGAGAAUCCGAAAACUGACGCCCCAGUCCAACAACGUCAAGAGAAGGUCGAAGCAAUGUUCGCGGAUCUAGAGAACCUAGUAACGGAGAAACAAAAAGAUAUGGAGGUAUUCAUCUCAUUAUGCCACUACAAACAAGAGUCCCACGACUUAGAACAAUGGAUCGAUACCCAACUACACACUGCUAUGGGCGAUGACUAUGGCCGAGACUUUGAACAACUUCAAGAGCUCAAAAACAAGUUCAAUGAGUUCAGACAGAACGUCAAGGUUGGCGGUGAACGUGUCGUUCUUUGCGGAAAAGCUGCUACAGAUUUGCAGUCAAAGGUUCAACCAGGUUCCGAAUACUCACGUGACAUUCUGAAGAAGCAGGAGAAGCUCAGAAGCGCAUGGAGUCUACUGUGGCAGUACAUUAAUUCAAAGGCGGCACGAUUGGAUGCAGCUGGAGAGAUCCACGAGUUCAAUCAAAACGUUCAGGACCUUCUGGAGCGAAUGAUCGAAAAACGAAUCACUUUGUCUACUGACUAUGGCAGAGACAAAAAGCAGGUCUAUGAUCUGAUAACAAAGAAUGAAGUGGUUAGAAAUGAAGUUGAACAAUACCAUGAACAACUAAAGAACCUUCUCGAGCGUGGUGCUGAUCUGAAGCAAAAACACAAAGGGCCAAAUGCUGAGCACAUCAACGAAGAGCUGAACAGACUGACAGAAGAGUAUGGUCAACUCAAUGAUGCCGUCAACCAUCGUAGAGCCAAACUGGUGGCAGCCUACGACUUCCAGAAAUACAACGCCUUAUGCCGAGACGUCAUCAGUUGGACAGACAUCGCCAAUGCCGAGAUGCAAAACGAACAAACCAUCCCUGACCUACAGUCAGCUCAAUGGUACAAGAAGGAACACCAACGGCUACGGGCUGAGAUCGACGCUCGUGAAGAGGAAGUGAACCGAAUCCAAGAAUUCGCUGAACAAAUGAUCGCCCAAGGUCAUUAUGCCACAACUAACAUUAGAAACCGACUGGAGGAUGUUGUGAAUGCCUACGAAGCAGUGAGAAGAGAAUGGGCCAUGAGAUACGACUGGAUCAUCCAAGCCGAACUGUCUCGUGGCUUCACAAGAGACGCCAACCAACUUGUCGAUUCAGUACGAGCAAAGAUGGAUAUCUUGAGCCAAGAUCGUGUCAUGUCAUCGGUAGAAGACGUGGAAAGUCAAAUGAAACAGUUUGUUACAUUCACCAAGGCAAAACAACAGAUUGACGAAAGAGUGGAACAACUCGACACUCUGGCCAAACAAUUUGUGGCCGAAGACCACAUUGACAAGGUAUCGAUCCAAAAGAUCAACAAAUCAGUUCAAGAACAUCUUCACACUCUCGGAGAUCAGAUGGACAUCGUACGAAGAGAGUUGGAGGACGCUUUGAAGCUGGCCAAAUUCGAUAGUAAUGUCAUGGAGCUGGGCAACUGGGUGGAAGAGAAACUGAACAGAAUAAAGCUACAAACCGAAGCCGAAUUCAGACAGAACUCGUUGGAAGACAAGCUGAAACACAUUAAGCAUCAUCAAGCUUUGGAGAUUCAGUUGUCUACCAACGAACCCAGAAUCCGAGCAGUAGCUGAUGAACUCGCUCACUUCCAACGCACUCCAAACUCGCUUCCAGAAGGCGUGAUCCAACGUGCCGUUUGUCUGCUUCGUCGUUGGGAUGAACUGAAACAACGUUCCCGACAUCUGAAUGCUGCGCUACAAGAAGCAAGAGAGUUAUUCGACUUUUAUCAGAAUGUAGAGCGAGUCCUCAGUUGGAUUCGCGAGAAACAACUUCUGAUUCAAGCCGAAGACAACGGCCGAGAUUACGAACAUUGUGAACAGCUUCUGGAAAGAUUGAUUGGAAGACAAGCUGAUCAAUCUGUAGACGAAGAAACUCUUCAACAAGUUAAUCGUCUUGGUGCCAAUUUAAUUGCUCAAGGAUCCGAAAACAAAGCUGACAUUCAAGCUAGCUUGGACGAAGUGAACUCAGCCUGGAGAAACCUACAAGGCGGAAUCCAACAGUACCGUAACACGCUGCAAGCUGCCCUGGAAGUCCACAAAUUCAACUCGGAUACGGCUGAAACUAACGACAGAAUCCACGAGAAGGCUCGAGGUCUACAGUCAAGCGAAACCGGCAAAGACCUUCGCGAAGUUGAGGAUCUAAUACGAAAACAACAAGCCGUGGAACGAGAUAUGACCGCGAUCCUGAAGAAACUUCAAGAACACGAUGUAGAAGCCAAAAAGCUGUUCGACAAAAACCCUCCACUCUUCGACACCAUCGUACAAUCCCUGCAGACGCUACAGAACAGCUGGCAAGCGCUUGAUGGCCUUGCCGAAUCCAGGAAACUAAAACUGAAGCAAAGCGCCUACGUCCAUCGCUACUUUGACCUGGUGAAGCGAACCGAACAAUGGGCCAAUCAAAUUCGAACCAAAAUGGUGUCGUAUGUUCGGCCGAAGAGCGUAGCCGACGCUACCGCUUUAAUAUCGGCACAUAACGAGAAGUUGGUGGAAAUCGAGUCAAGACAAAGUGAUCUAGGCGAACUAAGGAAGCUUGGUGAAGUUGUGAUCAAUGAGCAACCAUCGAUGAAGGCUGAUAUUCAAAGAACUCAUCGCAGACUUCAGAAUAUUGAACAUCAGAUCAGACAAACCUGGGAACAGGAAAAUGUCGCUCUUCAGAGAGCGUUGGAGCUUCAGGUAUGUGGAUUUAUAAAAUACAGCUAAAAUUUUUAAAAAGUUAAUUUUUACCAAAAUUUGUGACAUUUCGUACUUUUUAUAUUGGGCAGGUUGCAACUAUUGAUUUUUUGAAAAAAUAUUUGUUUUGAAAAUUAAAUUUUUUUAUAAAAAUAGGAAUUAAAAUGCCUUUAUAAAAAUGUUUUUGGUUUUAAAACUAUUCAUAUAUGAAAAAGGAAAUUUUAUUUAAUCUAUAAUUUAUAUUUUUUUGUAUUAUGGAUAAUAUCACGCAAAUUUUUUUAAAAUUAUAACUUUUACUAGUCAACGUUUAUAUUAAAUGAAAGAGCAUAAAAUUAGCUUUGAAAUGAUGUAUAAUUUAUUGCGAAAAUUUUAUUUUUAACGUAUUAUAAAACUCGUUAAAUUUUUUAGCUUUAUAUGUAUUUAUUGAUAUUUUCAGAAACUCCACUCCGAAAUCACCCAAGCCGAGUCAUGGUUGAGUGGCAAAGAAGCCUUCGUCAACGACUACGAUCUAGGAGACUCGGUGGACACCGUGGACAUGUUAAUCAGAAAGCACGACAACUUUGAAAAGACUUUGUUUGCACAAUCCGACAAAAUCGAGAACCUGAAGGCUGGUGUUCACAUUUUGGAUGAAUGUUCCGAGCCAGACGUCGAGAAAGUCCGACAGAAGUAUGAAAUUGUAGUUGAGCGAUACGAACGUCUAUUAGAAUCGUGUAAAAUCAAGAGAGAAAAGUUGGAGGAAUCGCUGAAACUACACGAUUUUGUUCGAUCAUGCGCUGAGUUGAUCACUUGGAUCAAUGCAAAACUGCAGUUGGCUUAUGAUGAUAGUUAUGUGGAUCCGACUAAUUUGAGGAGCAAGUUACAGAGACAUCAGACUUUUGACGCUGAACUUCAGCAAAGUGACGAUAGAGUUGAGGCCAUCAGGAGAGAAGGCGAGAAGCUGAUCAAUGAAGCUCAUUAUGAGAGUGAACGGAUUCAAGCUCAGCUAGAUGAGGUUAUGAAUGGAUGGAAUGAACUGAAAACGUAAGGAAAUGUGGUAUUGGACUUGAUAUUUUAUUUUUUUUUAAAUUUUUUAACAAUUUUAUUACAUAAAAUAAAAAUAUUAUGUGCAAAAAACCACUAAAAGAUAGUUCUGAAUAAUUUUAAAUGUAAAAUACGUUGUCUAAAGUUUCCAUUUUAGUGUGUCAGCUGAAAAAAUGAUUCGUCUAAAGGAAUCUUACGCUGCUUAUCAGCUAGUGAGAAAGGUGAACAAGAUCGACGCUUGGUUGGAUCAAGUUGAACGUGAAUUGGGCACUGAAGACCAUGGAUCGGAUGUUCAAUCGGCUGAGAAUUUGGUCAAGAAACACUCUCAAUUAUGUACUGAAAUUGAAGCCAAAGAGCCUUUGGUACUGGAAACAGUUGGAAAGGCCAAGCAGUUGAUGAAUAUUGUAAGGUUUUGAUGUGUUUUAGAGUUUUUAGGUGUAAAAUUUUUGAAGAAUAUGGAUAUUUAUGUGUUGUUGAAGCUUUAAUUAUCUAAAAAACAUGACACACUUCGAAUCAUUUGUUUUUAUCACUACUUUUUUAAAGGAAAAAGUAAUUUUUGAUGUAUUUUAGGUAUUUUUAAUUAAAAAAUCUUGAAAAAUAUAAUUGUAAAUCUAUUUUUAGCAAAAAGAAGACAUUCGUUCUCUCCUCCAGCACGCUGAAGCCGUCAAAACUCGCUACAACGAGCUAAAGGACCCAUGCAAGAACCGUGCCGAGAAUCUAGACGAAGCUCUCCGUUACUUCCAAUGGGCAGCCGAAGCCGAUGAAGAAUUGGUAUGGUUAGCCGACAAAGUUCCUCAACUUCGCUCUAAAAACUAUGGUAACUCUUUGAGGGAAGCCCAGUCAUUAAACAAAAAGCAUGAGAUUCUACAGCAAGAAAUCGAAACCCAUCAGAAUUCGAUUCAGAUCCUGGAGAAGCGUGGCGGACAAAUGUUUGAAGCCGACCAUUUCAAUCGAAUUGACAUCCGAAACAAAAUGACAGAACUUGUUGACCAGUUUGAGUUGUUGUUGAAUUUGAAUGCCGAAAGAAGUGUUAGACUCUCAGAAUCCUUGAAGUCACAACAAUAUUACGCUGAGUUGAGUGAAGCUGAACAAUGGUGUAGAGAGAGACUACCACUGGUCGAUAACGAAGACACUGGAGCCAACCAAAGUGCGGCCGAUGCUCAUCUACGAAGGAUUCUGGCUCUAGAAGGCGAGAUUCGCAAGUUCCACGAUGAAGUCAAAAGGCUACGUGAAAUCAGCGAACAACUAGUCCAAAUGAAUCACUUUGACGCCACCCAACUCACGGCACGUCAAGUGAAUCUGGAGAAGCAUUUCGAAGAUCUUCAGGCCAAGUGGGUCAGAAGACGGACACGAUUGAUGGAUGCUUCUGCCUUCUACAAGUUCAUGAGACAAGUCAACGAACUGACAGCUUUGUUGCUUGAAAAGGAACAUCAAGCCAUGUCAAAUCAGCACGGUCAGAACCUUGAUGAAGGCAAAGAACUCAUCGAUGAAUUCCAACUGAUUCUGAGGGAAUUAUCAACCUACGGAGAGAAGCUACACAACAUCAGAAGCUACGUGAAGCAAGAACAACUGCUUCGACCAGGACAUCCUUACGAAACUUCGAUUCAUACCACGAUGCAAGACCUACAGGACCUCUGGAGUCGUGUCAACACUUUGGCUAAUGAAAGAGAACGAGCCCUACAAGAUGGUCAACGAGUCCAUGCUUUCAGUCAAGAUGCUGAUGAGAUGUUGAUCAGAUUAGGCGAGAAGGAAGCCCACAUCGUGUUGAGAGAGCAGGAAGACGGUCUAGCUGAUGUAGGCUUGGCUACAGUGAAAUCAUUGGCUCAACAGCAUGAAGAGUUCUUGAAGUCGCUGAAUGUGAUUGAAAGACAAGUUCAGGAGCUAUGUGAACGAGCUGAGAGAUUGUGUGAAGAGUUCCCAGACGCUCGAGGACGUGUGGAAAGCUACAAGGAGGAUCUGGAGUUGACACUGAAGGAUAUUCAACAAGCUACCUUGAAUUACUCAGAGAGAAUCAGACAAGCCAAGAAUAAGCAGGCUUACUUCCAGGAAUGGAGGGAUCUGAUCAGCUGGGCACAGCUUAUGAGGACUAAAAUUUUAGGUAAAUUUUUGAAAUUUUAGUUAACAAAAAAUCAAUUUUAGACCAACUUUUAUAUUUUAAAUUACCUUAUUUUCAGGAGAAGCCCUGCCAAGAGACCUACAAGGUUGCCAAGCAUUGGACGUCCGCCACAAUGAAUAUUACUCCGAAAUCAAGCAACGUGAACCCCAGAAGCAAGCGUUCGUCGCCGAAGGUCGCAAAAUGAUCCAAGCCGGCAACGCUUUAAGCCAAGAGAUCACCAACCGUAUUGAACAACUUGAAGAUGGCUUCAGGCUACUUUACGAAUACUGGCAUUCACGUCAACGCAUCUACGACGAAAACCAAGACGUUAUCAAAUGGCUACACAACGCUUCUCUGCUCGAGAAAUGGCUAGCCGAAAGAGAAGGUUUGCUGGUUAUAGACUGGAGUCAAGCCGAUUCGGUAGAACAAGUCGAAGAGAUGAUCAGACAGUACGAUGAUUUCUUGGCCACAUUAGAUGCUCAAAGUCCUCAAUUUGAAGCGUUGAGAAGGAUGACAAAGGUGGAAGAGAACUGGAACAGGCUAAAGGCUUCGGAAAGCAGCCAAAUGUUUGCAUCAACAAGCUCGAGCGUGAAUAGAAGAGAAAGCAGCUUGGGAGAGAACAGGAGGGACACUCAGUCAAUUAAAACGGUCGAAAAGAAGAAGAUUUUGCAGGAAAAACGACAGGAACGAGAGAGGAGAAAGACGCAGGAGAUCACUUUGUUGAAGAGAACUCCAAGUCAGGUAAGGAAUUCUGAGGAUUUGGUCGAAAAGUGAAUGGAAAAGUGAAAGUUUUGGCUAGAUUUCAAUAGUAAACUUAGUGUGGUCGAUAAUUAAUUGUAUAAAAUUUGAAAAUGAAAACUUUUUUCCGAUUUUUUAUUAAAAAACUACCUUUUUCCAUAUACUUUUGGACCAAAAAUCAAGAAAUUUCAAAAUUAUAAUGAUUAUGCCAAUUCAUGUGCUCUCUGCCAAUGUUUUGAGUACUAACCCGCUAAUAGAAUCACGUGUUCGAUGAGCGUUUAAUCGAAUUUCCUCCAAAUGUUUCUUUGUCCCAAUGCAAUGGCCAAUGACAAGAUGUUAUUUCUCAAAAUAUGCGACGAAAAGCUAAUUUUUGGCACUCUCUGCCAGAACUAAUUGCACGAAUCCUUUUUUGUUGGAAAAUCGCCGGAAAACACGUUUGAUUUCCUUUUGUUUUUGCGGCCCCAAAUCUUGCGCCUUUAGGGCUUUUUUGGAAUUUAACACUUUUUUCUAGAAAAAAUUAAAUUUUUUUAAAACGUGGUUUAAGGUGGAGGUGGGGGACUUUUAUUGUUAUUUUUGGGUUUUAUGGAUUGGCAUGGGUUUUAACUUUUAGCUGGGCUUGGGUGGGGUAGGGUGGUGAGGUUUGGGUGGGUAGAGUAGUGACUUUUGGGUGGGUAGGGUAGUGAGGCUUGGGUGGGUAGAAUAGUGACUUUUAGGUGGGUAGAGUAAAAGUUGGCCCGCGAGCCAAGCUUGAAAAUUUGACCCACAGGUCGGGUUUGAAAAGUGAGGCGAUUUUGCAAAAAAAAAGGGGGGGUGUGGUAUAAUCUUUUUGUUUUUUGAAAUGAACAGGGUGGGCUAAGUUAACAUUUUUUUCAAAAAAAAAUUUGGGGGUGGAUUUUCUAGCCUUUCUUUUCUACUUUUCAUUCCUUUUAACUCCCUACCUACAAUAAACUUGGUUUAUGACAGAUUUUUAUUUUCAAUUCUUUAAAUUUUAACAUUUUCAGGAAAACACAACCUUUUCAAACGCAUCCACCUUACCUCGUUCCCGGCCAAAUCGAGCCUCAGACCCAAUCGAAUCAAUUGGAAUUGAAACCUUAUCGAUUUCGCAACAAGAACUUCGUCAUCAACCGAACCAAGACCUUCACAUUCAAACCAACGGUCAACAAGAUCAAACAGGACCGUUAUCAGCUGGCAGCAGCAACACUGGUACGCUAACAUCACGAAGAUCCGGAUUCCAUACUCGGCGGACGCAGAGUAUCAAGAAUAUGCGACAAUGGGCGGACCUGAAGAGUAUCGACAUGAAUGGCAGUUUGGACCGGAAGGAACGACUUCAGAGUGGCGGAAAGAAGCCUACUUUCAGGUCGUGGAGGAACUUCUACACGAUUCUAUGUGGCCAUAUGUUGUGUUUCUUCAAGGAUGAGGAUUCGUUGUUUGAUAACAAGGCGUUGGCUAGUGUUAGUAUCAGAGACGCGGUCUGUGUGGUGUACCCAGAGUAUUUAAAGAGGAAGAACACUUUUAAGUAGGCUUUUUUUUAUUUUUUAAGUUUUUUCUUUAAUUGUUGUAACAAACGUUACUGUAAAUAUAUACGGUAAUACAAUUCCUUUUUCCAGGCUGAAUACUCACGAUGGAGCUGAGUACCUAUUCUCAUGCAACAGCUACCAAAGCAUGGUGGAAUGGGUGGAUAAGAUCAACUUCCGAGCCCGAUUAGACCCUCAAAACCAGCUGAAAACGUUUGCUAAUGAGCAUUCACCUUGA